AUGAGUUCUACAACGGUGUCCAACAUGCUACAUGACAUGGACGACAUGAUGAUAGCAUCGUUGCUGUCGUAUCUCCCUGGUUCCAAGUUCUUGUUGGCCUCUAAGGUUUGCAAGCGGUGGCACGAAAUCAUAUGGAAGCAUGAAGAUAAUGAGGGUCUUUGGCGGAUCCGCGAUUUGUAUCUCCGCAAACUUGUGUCGAGGAGUCUGAUUCAUCCAGAAUGGAAGCGAAGGCAAGGAGCGGCAGGGGCGUCGUUCACCUUCAAGGGUGCAAGUGCAGUCGUUGUCUUCGGAGGUUGGACGAAAUAUAACAGCAUUGAGAAUGACGUAACAAUGCUAGUGUGCUCUGAGGACUGCAAGAAGAGACUGAUGUGGAUUCCCGUGAAGACCUCGAACAACCCUCUGCCAACUUAUGGUUCGACCAUCACAGCUUUUGAACAUCCCAAUCAUGAAUUUGCAUUCGCGUUAUAUGGAGGCGUUUAUGCUGGAGGAUACCAAGGAGCAGUUAGCAAUCUACACCUGCUUUUGCCGUGUGAAGAGAUCGAUGACUCGUGUGUGUCUGGUACGAUACAGGUACCCAGCUCGUCUUCUGCAUGUUUGACUGAAGUCCCAAGAAUGAGAUGGGUUAAACCCAAGCAAGCCUCCUCUUUCGCAUCCUUGGGAACUCCUCGCGCUUAUCAUACCGCCACGUACUUUCACAACAGGAAAACAAACAAGAGACAGAUCCUCGUCUUCGGCGGCUUUGCUGAAGGGAUUCCUCUAGACAACCUGGAAAGUGCUGAGCUGGAGCUCUCGGAGGAUGAGAUGACUGCUUCGUAUCCUCACAGCUGGAAUUGGAAUGAAGUUGCAGCGCUUGGGGCGCCUCCUUGCGCUCGCUUUGGUCACUCUGCUACUCUCUGCGGUCCAGACAACUCGAGGCUCAUCAUAAUCGGAGGCUGUACCGGAGGGCACAAUCACAAAGGCUACGGCACAGACGGAGAAGAGCUUCGUGAUGUGUUUGUGCUCGACCUGGCUGGCGAUGUUCCAACCUGGUCGCAGCCUCAGAUAGCAGGAACAAUUCCAGACAAUUGCGUGUCGCGGUGUCAUAGCGCAGUGAGCUUGGGGCAUCAGAUCCUGUGUUUUGGAGGAGGACGGUCAUCUCGUCUCAACGACAAGGUGGUUGCUCUUGACACCCUCAAGUUCACUUGGAAGCAACUCCAAGUCAUGGGCGAAGCACCUUGCCCGCGUCAGAAUGCUAUCAUGCUGCCUGUAGAAGGAGGCUCUGAGGUCUUCUUGUUGGGAGGGUGGAGGAAGGAGGAGCUUGGCGACUGUCACGUUCUCCGAUUUGGGGGACUUAAUGAUGAAGACUAUGUCUUCAGCGACGCCAAACGGUCAAGCGAGGAAGAUCAGGAUUGGCAAGACGACCCCAUCGAAAGUGAGAGAGAUCUUUUCCUCAAGCUUCAUCCUUUAGCGCGUCACUGGUUUAUUCAUCGUGAAGAAUUUCAGCAUGAAUUCGUUGGAGAUGACUACGACGACGAGUAUAUGGAAGAGGACGAGGAGGACGACGACGAAGAUGACGAUGGAGAUGAGGACGAGGAGGACGAUGACGAGAAUGACGACGAAGACGAGGACAACGGGGACGAGGACGUCAAUGAUGCUGAAGCUGAAGAUGAUAUGAAGGCGCAGAACUCGAAGGAAGAGAUUGACAUAACUGAGCCAAUGGACUCCCAGGAUUGA